AUGUUUGAUGAAGUUCUUUUGAUGGAAAUAGAAAAUCAAACCACCAUGGUAACCUAUUUUGUCUUCUCUGGAUUUUUGUACGAUUCCUCUGUCCAGAUUUUCCUCUUUUUGACAUUCCUCUUCAUAUAUAUAAUAACACUGAUGGGAAAUAUUACAAUUAUGAUUGUAAUAAGGAGAAACAGAACACUCAACAGCCCAAUGUACUUCUUUCUAACUCAUCUUUCUUUUAUAGAUAUUUGCUUUUCUUCCGUAACAGUGCCUAAGCUGCUAGUCAACAUUUAUGCAUGCCAGGCAAUUUCUUACAAUAGCUGCAUCACACAGAUGUUUUUCAUCUUAAUGACAGCAACUACUGAAGUUUUCAUUCUUGCAGCAAUGGCUUACGACCGAUAUGCUGCCAUCUGCAAGCCCCUGCAUUAUACACAGAUCAUGAACAAAACAUUCUGUAGGCAGUUGGUAAGUGGUGCAUGGGCAGUAAGUUUCUUUUAUUCUAUGACAAAUACAUUGCCUGUAUUGCAGCUAGAGUUCUGUGGCCCAAACAUUAUCAACCAUUUCAGCUGUGAACUUCCAUCUUUACUUGUAUUAUCCUGCACAGAAACUUUCCUGAAUAGCAUUACGUUCUUCAUUACUGCUGGGAUACUAGCAUUAGUUUCAUUCUUUGUUAUUUUAUUGUCCUAUAUCAGAAUUGUCUCUUUGAUCCUGAAGCUUCAUUCAGCAGCAGCUAAAAGAAAGACCUUUUCUACCUGCAGUUCUCACCUCAUUGUGGUGGUCCUUCUGUAUGGUACUGGCUGCCUCAGGUACAUGAGGAACAGCUCAGCCUCCUCGGUAAUUAUGGAUGAAUACUUUUCCAUACAGUACAGCAUUUCAACUCCCCUGUUGAACCCCAUUAUCUACAGCUUCAAAAACACGGAAGUGAAGGAAGCCAUCAAGAAAUUAAUGGCGUACAAGCUACUGCUUUCUUGUGUUAGGUGA